UCGUGCCAAGCACAGACGUAAGAGAGGUGAAGGAGGUGGACCCGAAGGAGUUGGGCUAGCUUUAAUAAAACACUUUAAACAUAGCUAGCUAAGUUGUAACCUCUCGCUUUAGCCGAUGGCUGCUUUAAUUUAGAUUCGUGAAUCAACACGUUUUAUUUUUGCCAAAGUCACGGACAUGGUUGAGAAGAUAGCUCGUAGUUAACUUGUUGCUGAAGUGUUUACCGUGGUUACCACCACUCCGGUGUAGCCGUUACCUCUCCAGCCCCGGGGCCUUCUCUCUUCUGCCUCUCAACUAACCUCGAUCUGGAAAGAUGGUGUCGUGGAUGAUCUCCAGAAGCGUUGUGCUCGUCUUCGGGACCCUGUAUCCUGCCUACUAUUCAUACAAAGCAGUGAAAACCAAAAAUGUCAAGGAAUAUGUCCGUUGGAUGAUGUACUGGAUUGUGUUUGCUCUCUACACUGUAGUGGAGACCAUCACAGACCUCACUGUAGCCUGGUUCCCCCUGUACUAUGAGAUCAAGAUGGCAUUUGUUAUCUGGCUGCUGUCUCCUUACACCAGAGGAGCCAGUCUCAUCUACAGGAAGUGCCUCCAUCCUCUACUGUCCUCCAGAGAGAGGGAGAUAGAUGAGUACAUUGUCCAGGCCAAGGAGCGUAGCUACGAGACCAUGGUGACCUUCGGCAAGCAGGGCCUCAGUAUCGCCGCUACUGCAGCUGUCUCCGCAGCUGUCAAGGGCCAGGGGGCGAUCACAGAGAAGCUGAGGAGCUUCAGCAUGCACGACCUGACUCAGAUACCCCUCGACGACGCAGCAGCCAAUCAGAUCUAUACAGCCCAUGCCGGCAACCCUGCCAUGAGCAGGAGGGCGCUCGCCGCAAACUCGACCGACAGACCAGAGUACUAUGCCUAUGAGCAGGAGGACAGGACAGAUGAGGAGGGGGAGCAGCUUUUCUCAGAGGACGAGGCUGUCACCCAGAGAGGUCUGAGGAGGUCCCAGAGUGUCAAGAUCGUACGCUCUAAAGCCCGCAAAGAUGCCCGUUAUGGAUCUCUGAAGAUUAAAGGGAAGCGGAGGCCUGUCCUGACUGCUGCUACCUACAGUGCAAUGUUAACGAACACUCCAGGAGAAGAGACUGCUGGCUGAUUACCAUGGAUUCCCUUCUGUACUGCACUACUGUUGACCAGAGCACUGUAGGCCCAAAGUAGUGCACUGUGGGCCCAAAAUAGUGCACUACUGUUGACCAGAGCACUGUGGGCCCAAAGUAGUGCACUGUGGGCCCUGGCCAACAGUAGUGCACAAUGGGCCCUGGUCAACAGUAGUGCACUGUGGGCCCUGGCCAACAGUAGUGCACUAGAAAGGGAAUAGGCUUUUGGGACGGACCAGGAAGUCGGGCAACAAUUCAGGAAGGACUGCUGACGUCUCCAACAUCCAUAUCAGUGACUAGCUAUUGACGUUCUAGGACAUCCAUUUUAUGGAGAACGAUGCUGAGGAACGGUUCUCCCAGGUGUGUUUGUAAACUGUCCUGGGGUCUGUUCUAUUCAUGCUGGGGAGCAUCGGCCUUUUUUUUAAUGAACCACCAACUCACUAUAUUUAUUACAUUAUUCUGACUGUUUAAACGCGUCGUACAGCGGCUGCUGUAUAGAAAACAUCUGAAGGUUUCCUGUCUUUUAGUUAGAAGGGUUUUUGUUGCUCUUGUGGAUCUUAUUUUCUGGAAUAGUCGUUUUUAGGUGUGGAUGUGGACUUUUUAGUAUCUUGACUUUUUGUUGAGGGGGUUUAUAUAAUUCAUUUAUCUUCGUUUUGUCAUUUAUAUGCUGCCUUGUAUUUUGAGUUUAGCCUAUUAAAUAGUAGAAUAUAUUAUAAUUAUAAUAGUGAUCAUUCUGGCACACUUGAAAAGAUUGUUACAAAGUAACAGCUGACCAAAGUGUCCCUUAUUCCUUCCGGAGGAACAGACCAAUGAUGAGAGAGAACAGAGAAUCCUGUUAUUGGCUUGUGUCACAAAUGGCAUCAUUCCCUAUACAGACCCUAUGGCCCUGGUCUAAAGUAGUGCACUACCCUAUGGGCCCUGGUCUAAUGUAGUGCACUACCCUAUGGGCCCUGGUCUAAAGUAGUGCACUACCCCUAUGGGCCCUGGUCUAAAGUAGUGCACUACUACCCUAUAGACCCUGGUCUAAAGUAGUGCACUACCCCUAUAGGCCCUGGUCUAAAGUAGUGCACUACCCCUAUAGGCCCUGGUCUAAAGUAGUGCACUACUACCCUAUAGACCCUGGUCUAAAGUAGUGCACUACUACCCUAUAGACCCUGGUCUAAAGUAGUGCACUACCCCUAUGGGCCCUGGUCUAAAGUAGUGCACUACCCCUAUGGGCCCUGGUCUAAAGUAGUGCACUACUACCCUAUAGACCCUGGUCUAAAGUAGUGCACUACCCCUAUAGGCCCUGGUCUAAAGUAGUGCACUACUACCCUAUAGACCCUGGUCUAAAGUAGUGCACUACUACCCUAUAGACCCUGGUCUAAAGUAGUGCACUACUACCCUAUAGACCCUGGUCUAAAGUAGUGCACUACUACCCUAUAGACCCUGGUCUAAAGUAGUGCACUACUACCCUAUAGACCCUGGUCUAAAAUAGUGCACUACUACCCUAUAGACCCUGGUCUAAAGUAGUGCACUACCCCUAUGGGCCCUGGUCUAAAGUAGUGCACUACCCUAUGAGCCCUGGUCUAAAGUAGUGCACUACCCUAUGGGUCCUGGUCUAAAGUAGUGCACUACCCUAUGAGCCCUGGUCUAAAGUAGUGCACUACCCUAUGGGUCCUGGUCUAAAGUAGUGCACUACCCUAUGGGCCCUGGUCUAAAGUAGUGCACUACCCUAUGGGCCCUGGUCUAAAGUAGUGCACUACCCCUAUGGGCCCUGGUCUAAAGUAGUGCACUACCCCUAUGGCCCUGGUCUAAAGUAGUGCACUACUACCCUAUAGACCCUGGUCUAAAGUAGUGCACUACCCCUAUAGGCCCUGGUCUAAAGUAGUGCACUACGUAGGGAGUAUGGCUCCAUUUGGGAUACAGCCAAUGUUGAAGUAUGUUUGUGUUGAACCGUAACUGUCCAGUUUGAAUGACUGCAUUUCCUGUUUAGAUUUUUGGAACAAAAGCUUUUUUUUUCAUAAUCUUUUUGCACACUCUCUUCCAAAACGAUGUCCUUUUAUAAAUGCUUUGAUCUCAUCACUUUUAGAAUGUGUCCCGCUGCACCCUGGGAUGCUUUUAACCACGUGAUGAAACCUAUUUAAUACCAAAGCUUUAUCUACUAAACCAGUGACUUGGGGCUGAUUCCUGUGGCAAUGUAUCAUAGGGGUGUUGUAAAUACAUUUAUAAAUUCAAAAAUGUUUGCAGAGUAAUUCAACUUUGAUCGUGUGGUUUUCAAUAAAACACAUUACUACCAAUCAAUAGCU